CCACGCCGCCCCGCCCCGCCCCGCCCCGAUCCGUCCGGCUCCGAUGGCGAGGUUCCACUGGCUGGAGGCCAUGCUGCCGCUGGGAGUCAUCGGCGGAUUCCUCUGCAUCAUGGGCAACGCCCAGUACUACAUCCACAGGGCUGCGCACGGCAGGCCGAAGCACAUCGGGAACGACAUGUGGGACGUCGCCAUGGAGCGCCGUGACAAGAAGCUCGUCGACCAGCCCUCCACCAACUAGGACAUUGAUCAACAUUGGUCUUUCUUGGAUGUUGACGAAUCUCUUUCAGAAGCUCAGAACUACUGUUGUUAAGUAUGGUUGUACUGGGGAUUCUGAUUGUGUUUACAAUUCCCCGAUGUCGGAUAAAUAAUGUGUACCUGAAGUUAAUCAAACAAAGUUUGGCUCCUUUGUGAAUUGUUUACCCUUUCCCCCUUGCUGAUUAAUGAAGAAAGAGAUGUUUGUAUUUGUUA